AUGCACAGGAUUAACUCGUGGGCGAAAGCUCACGCUUCUUCUCGUGGCGAACCUACCCAACUCGAUCCCCUACCCAAAGCUCAAGCUACUCGUACGAACCUACCGGAAUCCUCUCAGGAUGUACACGUGAAUAAUACCCCAGCGGUCCCCGACCAGGGGCCCGAUGAAAAAAACUCCCAACCAGGCCUGCUCCUUCGUAUGCGAAAUGGCAGCGGCCGGUUCUACGCCCACACCAAGGAUGCCAUCUUCCAUAGCUGGGUCAAUGUCCUACUGGUCUUCGUCCCAGUUGGUAUCGCCGCCAAGGCAGCUGGCUUGAACGCGGAUAUUGUCUUCGCGAUGAACGCGGUGGCAAUUAUCCCCCUGGCGGGAUUGCUGAGCCACGCGACAGAGAGCGUGGCCAGCCGCCUGGGUGAUACGAUUGGUGCUCUCAUCAACGUCACCUUUGGUAACGCGGUGGAGCUGAUCAUUUUCAUCAUCGCCCUGGUGAAGAAUGAGAUCCGUAUCGUGCAGGCAUCAUUACUGGGUUCUAUCCUGGCAAACUUGUUGUUGAUUCUGGGUAUGGCGUUCCUGCUUGGUGGUCUCCGCUUCCAGGAACAGAUCUACAAUAGCACCGUGACCCAGAUGAGUGCCUGUCUGCUCAGUCUGAGUGUGACUAGUCUGCUGCUCCCGACCGCUUUCCAUGCUUCGUUCUCCGCUACCAGCGAUGCGGACAGGCAGACGCUGAAGGUCAGCCGAGGGACUAGUGUCGUUCUCCUGUUGGUAUACAUUCUGUAUAUUGUGUUCCAGCUCAAGUCCCACUCCUACCUGUACGCCAGCAUACCUCAACGCAUCAUCGAUGAGGAAUCGCACCCUGGUGUUCUCGCCGAGUUCUUGAACAGCUCCUCCGACUCGUCUUCCAGUUCCAGCGAUGACUCCGUUGAUACCACAACGUCCUGGUCAACAGCUAAGCGGAUCAAGCGCGCGAUGAAGCACCGCAGACGCAGAAAGUCCAGCACCAGCUCCAAGGGCACAAGCCAAUCCGUCCACAAGAAUGUUAUGGUGAAUGAGAACCAAAGCUCCCUGGGAAAUUCUAUCGCCAGCAAUAACAACAGCAACUCCUGUGCCGUUGACUUGGAAGAAGUGCGCUACGAUGCCGACGACGAUGCCAACCCCCGCUCUCGUGACUUCGGUAUCUCCAUGACCCGCGUCGACAGCGUGCAAGGCAGCGAAAAGGGCCGAAAGAAGGAUCGCAAGAAGCGUCGCUCUAAGCGCGUUAAGGAAGCACAGGUUCCUGAUACCCAAGUCCAGGCUGCUGAGCCAACCAUGAAGGGCUUUGCCUCUGCUCCUAAUUUCACCGGCAUGGAGGGUGCAGGCGACAACGACAAUUCUCGCAAGCGCUCACCAUUCGGUCCUAUCCCCUCGCUGCUGUCCAAUACCGUCUUCAGCUCGCAGUCCCCUAGCAUGUCGCCUCGCAUUGGAGAAUCAACGCGCCCGGGUCUCCAUCGUAGUAAUUCUCUGCCUGCCCUUAUGAAUGCACCACGUGCUGGUAAUGCAGUGCAGUUUGCCCGUGGUGCUGCUCGUGUCCCUGCGCCCACUGACCCUGUCACGGAUACCCCCCCGGAGACAGAGGCUGCCAUGUCUCGCACUGCGGCUGUGGUCUUGCUUCUAAUCUCCACUGCCCUCGUUGCCGUCUGUGCUGAGUUCCUGGUCGAUGCUAUCCCCGAUAUGCUGGCGACUUCGAAUGUCAGCGAAGCUUUCAUCGGUCUGAUCAUCCUGCCUAUCGUGGGUAAUGCCGCUGAGCACGUUACCGCUGUCAGUGUUGCGACGAAGAACAAGAUGGAUUUGGCAAUCGGUGUAUCUGUCGGUAGUAGUAUCCAGAUUGCCAUUUUUGUCACUCCCCUCGUUGUCAUCCUGGGAUGGUGUAUGGAUAAGGACAUGUCGCUGUAUUUCACCCUUUUCGAGACGAUCUGUCUAUUCGUGACGGCCUUCGUGGUUAAUUUCCUCGUCCUGGACGGACGGAGUAACUACCUGGAGGGUGCAUUGCUUAUAGCAGCAUAUGUGAUUAUCGCUCUUGCAUCCUUCUUUUACCCGGACAGUCAGGACUCAAGUAACUUAGCCGGUUAG